CGAUACCCUUUUUCGCAACACCCUGUAUGUAUCUAAUUAUCCCGUUAUAUAAGUUCGGUAUCUAAAAUAUCUGUACUAGUGUUUUUUUAUUCACCAAUCAAUAUGGUUGCCAAAUUAUUGUGCCUGUUCGUUCUGGGUGUCGUAUCCCAAGGAUACGCCCAGACCGACAUCAUUCUCGAAGACGUCACCGUCAACCAUUACGCAUCACCUUGGUUAAGCACAACUUUAUCCCUCCAUAAGCCUGGUAUGUUCGACACCCUGCUAUCCUGCGCUGUGGGCUUCCCACACAACAUAAUGUACGAAGCUUACCCUGCAGACAGACUGCCUAAACCAAGUUUCCAGUUCGCCUCAAGUGUGGAACCGUUCAGGACUUGUACCGUCGCGAUCCGGGAUGUGGCGGUGUCUGCCUCCGGCACUUAUCAGCUGAUCGCUGUGACGUCAGACGCGAAUGGGUCGCAGACUCGCACGAGGAGAAACUUCAAGUUGAACGUACGUUCGGUGUAAUUUGGUGUGCAGUGUUGGUUAGGGUUAGACCUUCUGUACGUGUAGUACAGGUUUGAAAGUUUGUCGAAAAUGAUAAAAGUUUACUUACGUUUUCUCGCAUACUAAUUGGCGUUUAACUUUUGACAUAUUUAAGUAAGUAUAAUGUAUGGAAAUAACAGAAGAAAACAUUAACUUUUUCAGUUUUCGUAAAUUGAUAAACCCGUACUAGAAGCUCUGUGAUUGUUGUAAGUGAAUUUUAUAUUGUCAUGAUAUUAUUAUGUUGAAAGGAAAUAAAGUUUGGGAUCGUUGCGAUGGAAAA